GGCGUCACAUAAUUUCUAAAGCUUUGACUCUUUCUAUAAUUUAAUCUUUUUUCUCACGUUGAUUUUCUUGUGAGGUUUUUGUUUUUGUUGUUGGUUUGUUUAGAAUAGAUCACACACUGCAGCUGAGGGGAAUGCGCAAAUGACGUCAAACAAUGCGUAAAAAUAAAAAAGACUUUAUCGUCCUCCAAAGGUCUUUUUAUAUGUGUGAGCAAAAAUUGAAAAUGUGUGAAUCAGAUAAUACAGACUGUACACGAGAUCAGAAAUUAUGUAUGAAUCCCCAGAGUUAAACAUUGUAAGAAGGGACGAUCUCCCUUGUCAUACCUUACAAAAACGCACGUAUAAAUGUAUUAAUGUUACACAGCCUAAUUCGUUGCCCGAGUAGCACAUUUUUAUUUUUAGGACAAACAAGAAAAUAAACUCGUUUCCUCUCUCUCUCUCUUUCUUUAUUUUUUUUUAAAAACCAGGAAAAAAGAUGGUAAUUUCAAAUUAUACAAGUAAUUUUCCAAAGAGAUGGAGGCUCUUCUUUCUAGUGAUAUGUAUGAUUCUAUUAUUGGUGCAAGUGUACAUGUUUACAACCCCUACAAAAGAGAUACCUGUUGCUGUUGUUGUUACCGAGAAAAAGAAGGCACCCGUCUACACAGCACCUACAAAGGCACCUGUGAAACAAUCCAUCCUACUCGGGUUUGGAGGAUUUCUUUCGAAAUUGCCUCAGAUCCAACACAAUUUCAGCCCUGAACCGCGAGAAUAUACCAUCCAAAGAGAGGCACGAAGAAACGCGGUCAAGACAUCCUUCAUCCAUGGUUGGACAGGCUACAAAACGUAUGCAAUGGGUCAUGAUGAAUUAAAGCCAUUGACCAACAGACCUUCUGAUCCGUUUGGAGGAUGGGGAGCCACCAUGAUUGACUCACUCAGCACCUUGUUGAUCAUGGAACUGAACGACGAGUAUGCACGUAUCAUGCCACGCAUUAGCAAGAUUAACUUUAAGGUAGAUGAGGAUAUCAGUGUAUUUGAAUCCAUCAUUCGAUACUUGGGAGGGUUUAUGAGUGCCUAUGAAUUGGGUGAACGGAAGCAGGAUUCAUUGUUACAAAAGGCAGAGAAAUUGGCCAUCGAACUUUUACCUGCUUUUGAGACUCCUUCGGGAUUACCUCAUCAUCUUUGGAAUCCGGUCCAGAAUAAGCCAAAUAACAGAGAGACAUUGAUUGCUGAAGUGGGUACAGUCCAACUUGAAUUCAUGAUGCUUUCACAACUUACAGGAAAUCCUAUCUACGGACAAAAGGCACAAGCAAUCACUGAUUUUUUGGACAAUAUGGGAUAUGAACAUGGUCUUUAUAUUAAAGGACUUUACCCAACUGCCAUGGAUACCCAUCAAGGUCGAUUUAAAAAUGCAAUCAGUUCGUUUGGAGCCAUGGGAGACAGUGCAUUUGAAUAUUUUCUCAAGGAAUAUAUUCUCAUGGAUGGCAGAGUGCCACAAUAUGCUAGAAUGUAUACUCAGUCAAUUAAUAGCAUGAAGAAACAUAUGCUCCGACAAGUGCCAGGUUACGAUCUAUUAUUAUUACCUCCCUACGAUACGCAACACAUGCAACAUAGAAACUCCAUGGAUCACUUGACUUGCUUUGUGCCGGGUAUGCUGGCCAUGGGCUCUGUCACAUUAAACGAACCUGAAGAUAUGGAGAUUGCCAAGGGACUAUUAGAGACAUGCGUGUUUAUGUACCGCACAACAGAAACAGGCCUAAGUCCAGAAACUUGGUCGAUUCCCAAAACGGUACCUUACAACCCAUUAACGUACAACAAGACCAAGACACAAUUAGCAAAGUUGCGUGAUUGGUGGUACAAUGAUGAAUUAAUUAACCCGUUACUGAUACAGCCAAAGAACGAAAGUGAGGCUGUCCGAGAAGAAACAAAGGAAACACAAUAUUCGACAAAGUAUCAAUUACCACCUGUCAAACAGAGACCCGAUUCCUUGUAUUUUGGAGACAAGCGGUAUCUUUUGCGACCCGAAACAGUAGAGAGUUUGUUCAUCAUGUAUCGAAUCACAGGCGACCAAAAGUAUCAGGAAUACGGAUGGGAAAUCUACGAGUCCAUUGAGAAAUGGUGCAAGACAAAGAGUGCAUAUGCAUCAAUUCGUAACGUGGAGCGUAAGAGGGAAGACGGAGACGAAGAAGAUGAAGAAUUUAAUCAGAUUGACUCGAUGGAAACGUUCUUAUUUGCAGAGACAUUUAAAUACUUGUACUUGUUGUUUAGUCCACCUGAAGUUAUUUCGCUAGACAAGUUUAUAUUUAACACAGAAGCGCAUCCCUUUUUACGUAAACAAUGGAAUUGGGAUAGAAUUUUUAAGAAAUAAAAAAGAAGAAAAGCUUUUAUUUAGAUUUUAAUAAUAGAAAGCU